AUGAGACAUUUGCAAACUUACUUCCUUGUUUUCUUGGUUUCUCAUAUACCUCAUGUUCACAGUCAAAAUUGCCCAUCAUCAUUUGAUCAAGGGAGCACGACAAUAUCGAAAGGAGCCACCUCCACAAAUGAUGCAACGAAAGUUGCUUGUGAAGCCACCUGCAGAAAAGAUACAACAUGCCUUUCCUACCAAAUUGAUUCGAACUCUGACAGGGCAGCUUACUGCUGGUUACAAAGGAACACCAGUGCAUUUGAUACAUCAAAUCUUUAUUUAGCAAACAACAUUGUUGAAUAUAAAAAAAGUGUCGAUUGUUCAACUUGCACAUUCACGUACGUUCAGCAAAUAGGAAUAACUUCUCUGGGAGCACAAUCAUAUCCAGCUCUGACGACAGAGAAUCAGUGCAAAGAAAACUGCAACUCCCUUCCAACCUGCUACUCUUAUCAAAUUAACUCCAACUUUGGAAACCCCUUAUGUUGGAUCCAACAGAAACAGUUCACCAGCAGUGAUACAUAUUCUCAACCCGGCGUCACUGAGUACAAAAAGACUUAUUCUUGCUUGCUCAAAUCAGAUUGUGAUCCUACUUUCAAUGCUCCCGUUCCAACGAAUGUUUCAAUUGGGGCAGUAUCGAAACAAGGCCUGUCAGAAAUUGAAUGUAGAGCAUUGUGCCUCAACGAUUACAACUGCGCCUCGUAUCAAAUUGACUUGAAUUCCAACUCACCUUUAUGUUGGAUUCAAUAUGAUAUCACUAAGUUUUCUGGUUCCAAUUUUUAUCUUCGAGCCCAAGUCACAGAGUAUUUUAAAAAUACAACAUAUUGUUAUUUUCCAACAGAAGCUCCAGUUAUAAGCACAACUUCCUGCCCACUUGGUUUCUCCGAAAAGCCCUACGCGAACGCCUCUCUUUUAGCAACACCCAACGCAACCUUGAACACCAAUGCAUCUUGCAGACAAGCUUGUCUUCAAGAUACGAAAUGUGCCUCUUAUCAGAUCAACACGGCUCCUGGUGAAGCAUUUUGCUGGUUGCAGUUUGACGAGAAAAAUUUAGAAGCCGCUAAUACGUACACGAGACCAAACGUUGUAGAAUUUGUGAAAGUGUCUAUUUGUACAACAACCGCUCAAACAACCACCAUCACACGAUGUCCGCUCUUUUACACCAAAUACCCGGACAAUCAAGCUUCAUAUGGGGCUCAAGCACAGGCUAGUUUAAUAACAAGUCAAUCCUGUGCUGAUGGGUGUACAGCCGAUCCAACCUGUCUUUCUUACCAAAUAAGCACAAAACCUGGAGACUUUCUAUGUUACUUUCAAAAAAACAGCAACAACUUGUUAGUUCAAUACCAGAACGACAGAGUUGCUGAAUAUUAUAAGAAUUUCACGUGCAUAACGGAUUGUGAUUAUUACUACACGGCAAAGACACCAAAUGCAGCUUCGGCGAAUGCAGUUCGACAAGCGCAAACGAGCCUCACAACAUGUCAGUCUGCCUGCACAAUCACACCAAACUGUUAUGCAUUCCAAUUCAAUGACUUAGAUAAGAGUUGUUGGUUUCAGCUUGAUGCUUCAAAGGUCAAUGACAAUUAUAACAAUCCAUCUGUCACUGAGUACGUUAGGAGAGUUGUAUGUGGAGCAGACAGGACGUCGACAUCCACCGUAGCAACUACGACUGCAACUCAGUGUGAAAAAACCUUCGAAAUAAGCAACGGUGUUGGGGUGUCGAUUGGCGCCGAAAUACAGUCGACAUCAAGCCCGGAAGCCUGCAAAGCUGGAUGUUUGCUGCUGACAAAUUGUUAUUCAUAUCAAAUUGAAACUACCAGCACCUCAAUUUUUUGCUGGUAUCAAAAAAAUAAUGACUCUCUACAAAACAAAUACACAAGAACGAACGUUAUUGAAUACACGAAAGUAUGCAAGUCCACAACCAUUGCGUCAAACUGCACCGUGGAUUACUCGGCUGGAUCGCCUGCAUCAGUUUCAAUAAACGCCCAAAGACAAACUUAUACAACGGUUGAUUUGUGCAAAGCUGCCUGCACUCUCGAUGGCUCAUGUUUGUCCUACCAGAUCGAUACAAGUUCAUCUUCAUUGAUUUGCUGGUUUCAAAAAACUGCAGCAGAAUUAAAUAAUAAGUACACAAGACCGAAUGUAACCGAGUACACAAAAUUCUGUUCAAACGUAGUGCCAUGCGUUCCAACUUACGUCGUGAACACAACUGGUUUUGCCUCAAUAAACGCUCUGCAACAAUCGCAAACAAACGCUGUGGACUGCAGAAACGCAUGUAGCAGUGACGCCACUUGUUUAUCCUACCAGAUUGAAACAACAUCUACGAUCGCUAUUAUUUGUUGGUUCCAAAAGAGUUCUUCAGAGUUGUCGAGGAUCUACUCGAGACCAGGCGUCACAGAAUACACAAAAAUAUGUCAAACAAGUACAAGCUCGGUGACUACUACUACAGUUUCACCGCCGUGUUCAUCAACCGAGUACAACACCACUGGCAGUGGGUUAGCUUCGAUCGGCGCUGUACAACAACAAACAACAGAUGCAACUGUUUGCAGAGCUCAGUGCACACUGGAUGCUACUUGUGUGUCCUAUCAAAUAGAAACCUCAGGAACGUCAAUCAUCUGCUGGUUCCAGAGAAGCUCAGCAAACCUUCAAAAUAGAUACAGCAGACCAAACGUCAUCGAAUACAUUAAAUAUUGCGCCAACCCGACCACCUCUGUUUCAACAAUUUCACCGCCGUGUUCAUCAACCGAGUACAACACCACUGGCAGUGGGUUAGCUUCGAUCGGCGCUGUACAACAACAAACAACAGAUGCAACUGUUUGCAGAGCUCAGUGCACACUGGAUGCUACUUGUGUGUCCUAUCAAAUAGAAACCUCAGGAACGUCAAUCAUCUGCUGGUUCCAGAGAAGCUCAGCAAACCUUCAAAAUAGAUACAGCAGACCAAACGUCAUCGAAUACAUUAAAUAUUGCGCCAACCCGACCACCUCUGUUUCAACAAGUACGUCGCAGUUGAGAAUAAUAUUUCGUGCAAAAUAA